AAAUAUGAAAGCAAGGUGAUUUACGGUUUACCGGGUAAAAAGUAAAAAACAGUUAUCAAUUAGAAGAGCUGCAGAAAAUAGAGAAGCUCUGGUUUAUUAUUUGGUUUCUUUCUCUGCUCUCUCUCUCAUCUGAGCAAGACUGACUUUGCUAUCCUCUCCUUGACUCUCAAGAAUCAGAUCUCCGGCAUUGACUUGGUCAUCAGGAUGGUUCCAUGGGUCCUUGUGAAAGUUCAGCACCACAACUGACACAAAAUGCUUCUUUGAAUGGGAAGAUUAUACUUUGCUAUGAAACCUGGGAAAUUUUUGCAGGCCUGGAAAGAAGGGUGUACAAUCUUGGCAAGUUUCUGAAGCUAAGCUAUGGAUGUUGAUAGACCAGAAGAAGAACAGUAUAAAAAUCAGAGUUCGUGGACACCGGCAACUCCUUUAAGGCCUAUCCUACCAAAAUCACCACUGAUCUUUCCAGGCAGCCAAGCAAAUCCAAUAGUCCAAAGGAAUUGGUUGGGAUCGGGGCGGUUCUCACAAGAUCAAUGUUUUGAUGCUUCCAGUCAAGCAGAAAUAAAUGUAGGUUUUAACCUUAGAGAGGCAGUUUUACCUGCGGAAUCCUGCAUUGGUAGUGAAACACCAGGAGAGAGUUUGGGUGAUGGAGUAGUCAGACUGAAUGAAUUUUCUUGUAUGGAUCUUCUGGCUCUUGCAGAUGCAGCGUCUGCAACAUCAGCAUGUGUGGCGGCACAAGGAAAAUACAAUGCGACAAAUUCAUUUUCCAUUCCAAAUUCUCCUUUUGUCGGAAAUGAGGAAGACUGCAACCCAACAAAUAACUUGGUCUCAAACAAAAUUGGAUCGAACUCAUCAACAAAUCGCAAUAGCAUGGAGAAAGGAAUUCAGAAUAAACUACCCUCUUCUCAGCAGCACGGCUUUGAUCUUUAUUUUGCUCCCGCUGCUAGAAUGGAGGAUGCUUUCUUUAGCAUUAGCACGUCACAAUUUGCUCCUGAAACACCAGAGAAGGGCAUUAGAGUAGAAAGAAAGAAUUUUGCAGAAGCACAAAAUUUAUGCACAAGGGAAACGACAAAUAAGGAAGUCGAUGAGGAGAAUGCCAAGUCAAUUGCUGGAUGGGGAAAUAAUGAAGUCCAAUGUGACAAACAAACCCCAAAUAGUGUUACAGAUUCGUCAAUUGCUGCUGUUUCCACACCAUUGAAGGAGAAUUACAGCCCUGACAAGGGAGGCAGCAAUGGUAUUGACCUGAAUGAAACACUGCAGCAGAAACCAACAAGAAAAAAGCACAGGCCCAGGGUAAUCACAGAAGGCAAACCUAGGGCUAGAAGAUCAGUGAUCCCAAAGCCGGAUAUCACUAAAGAUAGUCCAACAGGUAAGAGGAAAUAUGUGCGAAGGACGUCACUGAACAAAGCCUCAGAAGAGAAGUGCAAAGAGCCUAUUGAUGCAAAAGAUAUGGAGUCUACCAAGAAGUCAUGCCGAAGAGCAUUAGAUUUUGACAUAGAAGGACAACCUCAAUGCAAACGCCCCACAUGCGAGUCAACUUUUAAUCUAGAAUCGGAAACACGGACACAAGGCGUUUCUACUGAAGGAAAUCAACCAAAAUCGACAGUACACCUUGGCCAAGGCAUUGAAAUAUUUCUUGGAACCGCAGAAACAGGCAUCGCUUACGAUCCCACCUGCUCUGUGAAUCAAACGCUGAAAACGCUGAAAGAUUACAUAUCAUUGCCAGAAAAGCAAGUACCUAGCACACCACUUCCUGCAAAGAUGAAAACCCCAUGGAGAGAAACAAAUGUCAGGACUCAAGAGGCAAUUAAUAAUGAUAGAGAAGGUCAAGUUGCUGCCAACAAGGGACCAAAAAAUAUCAUCGACACCAUGUUGCUAACACAAGCUCACUUACCACCAGGAACUUCAAAUGUCUCCUUCUGCAGCACCAGGACAACUUGUAAUGGAGAAGGAAAUGCAGGGGCCUCAAAAAGAAAGUACUCUAAAGCAACCGAACCAGCAGAAUCCAGUAGCACAAAUCUAGAAGGUAUUCACAGUAAUUCAGUACAAGCAUACCAGACGAAGUUUUCGGUUCAUUUUCCCAACAUCCACAAGAAAAAAAGGAGUGAGAAGGUGCAAAAUUCUACCACAUCCAGCACAUCAUCUUCCAUGACUAUGGAAAAACAGGCUGUGAGUGAACGAACAAGAUCAGAAAAUGAUGCCAAAGGUACGCCUACUGCAUCAGAAGCCAACAAUUGGAUAUUUUCCCAUCAAGAAGUUUCAGGUGAAGGUAAAGACGCAGGAGCUCUACCAAAUAAACUGCACACUCUUGAACAAAUCAUGACUUCAAGUCAUGUGGAGAGAAAAACAAAGAGGAGAUCAAGAGGUCCCACUCGAGUCCGGGACUUUGCUUCACUUACCAAAAUUAUGGAGUUCAAGAUGCAUCCAACUUCCUCUGCCAGACAAGAAACAAUGGUUCAUGAUCGGCCUCAAGUGAACUCACACAGACAUCAUACAUGUAUAGAAGACCUAAUUGCGGAGAUGCAUGCAACUUUGGCAAGAAAGAAGCGAACUACAAAGAGAAACAGACUUCUGAAUUCAGCAUUUUCCAUUACACAUGAACUGCGACCAUACCAGAAGAUCGCCUUAUAUAAUCAGCAUCGAUCAUUAGGUGCUCCGAUACUAUGGCGAGAAAUGCUUUCUAUUGAUGCAAUUGUUGAGCGAUUGAAGCAUCUAGACAUCAACAGGGAAGGCAGCUGUGCUGAGCAUCAAGAGCAGAAUGCACUCGUCCCCUAUGGCCGCAGAAAUCAAGAACAUAAUGCACUUGUACUCUAUAGAAGAGAUGGAACUAUUGUACCCUUUGAGGGUUCGUUUGAUCCCAUCAAGAAACGACGGCCACGGCCUAAAGUCGACCUGGAUGAAGAAACUAACAGAGUAUGGAAGCUUCUGUUGCAAGAUAUUAAUAGUGAAGGCAUUGAUGGUACAGACGAGGAUAAGGAAAAAUGGUGGGAGGAAGAAAGGAGAGUGUUCCGGGGACGUGCAGACUCAUUUAUUGCACGAAUGCAUCUUGUACAAGGGGAUAGACGGUUUUCUCAAUGGAAGGGAUCAGUUAUGGACUCAGUGAUUGGAGUGUUUCUUACUCAGAAUGUCUCUGACCAUCUGUCCAGCUCUGCAUUUAUGUCAAUGGCUUCCCGUUUCCCCAAAAAGUCCAAAGACAACUACAAAUCAUGCCAUGAAGAAGGGACAAGCUCGGCAAUUGAGGAACCAUCACUAUGCAUACUGGGUCCUAAAGAACCUAUACAGUGGAAUGAGAUAUCAAACCAACCAAUUUCUGAUCAGCAUUCCAUGACACACCAUGAGAGUGAGUGUAACGAAGAAAAGGAGGCCGCAAACAGCAAUGAGUUCUUGGGAAGCAGCUGCAAUGUUGUUUGUUUAACAAAUGAACCAAAUGGCAAGAAUUUCGAUUCCACAAAAAGUUGUCAAGAGGUCGCCUAUGACUCAGAAACGAACAGAAUCACCACUGAGAUUAUGAGACCAGGGACAACGCCUCACGAAGGACCAGAUGGAACUGCACCAAACGACAUACAUUCAUCUCAAGAUUCUACAGUUUCGUUCUGUAACUCUGGAGAUUAUCUAGUCGCUCAAAAUUCAGAAAGAAAAGAGUUGUUCUCAGAAAUCAGCACAGGAGCAGAAAACAUGACUGGCAAGUCUUUGAAUGGGUCUACGUCUUUUGUGGAGCUUUUACAGAUGGCUGGCUCUAAAACACUACAUGAAACUUAUUGUCAUCAAAUAUCUAAUGAGAAUUCAAAGGAAUGUAUACAACCCAAAACUGCAGAGAAUGAUGACCAAAGACAAAAGAUGGAGAAUCUAGACGGCCCUAGAAGCUCUUUAAGAAUGCCGAUGACCCCAUCCAGCAGUUACAGUUUGCAUCCCACCCCAAACUCAGGAGUGUUGGAGGUUGAUUGCUUUGAAUUGUUCAGAGAAGGAACAUUGUCUUCUGAUCUUUCCGAGAAGGAUGAACAUGACAACACAAAUAAGAGUGCAUUGACAGCAGAAUCAGCAAGUCAAACUGUAAAUCAGACUAUCCCGACAGCUUAUGUUCCAGAAGCACCACAAUAUGCCGGCAAACAUGAUCAAUCAUGCAACAACAUUCAAAAACACAACAAGAUGAUUAUUGAGCCUCAAAGUGAGAUAAUCAAUGAAGCUAGAAUGUUUGUAGAGGUGCUGGCACAAGCACAAAACUAUGAGACUCAAAGUAGGCUUGCUUUACCAAACAUUUCAGAGGCCCUGGAUGUCACAGAAAGCACUGCUACCUUUGAUGACCGGAGAAAUACACAGCAAAUAACAACAGAGCCAGACAUGAAUAAGUGGGGUGAUUCAACAAAUAAAGAGCUUGAUAAGAAGAAUGCUGCAAAUAUGAAGGCAAAAAGUAGACGGGUUGGAAAUGAAAUAAAGAAUGAUGUCAAGUGGGAGGAUUUGAGAAAACUGGCAGAAGCCAGUGGAAAGAAAAGAGAGAGAACAGCAGACACAAUGGACUCUGUGGAUUGGGAAGCAGUUAGGCAUGCAGAUGUGAGUGAGAUCGCCCAAACUAUCAAAGAACGAGGCAUGAAUAACAUGCUUGCAGAACGAAUAAAGGCCUUCCUUCACCGAGUGGUUAGGGAACAUGGUAACAUUGAUCUAGAAUGGUUGAGGGAUGUUCCGCCAGACAAAGCAAAAGAGUAUCUGCUGAGCGUAAGGGGAUUGGGGCUGAAAAGUGUGGAGUGUGUCCGACUUCUGACACUUCAUCAUCUUGCAUUUCCAGUUGACACAAAUGUUGGACGAAUAGCUGUUAGACUAGGAUGGGUCCCCCUACAACCACUGCCUGAGUCACUUCAAUUGCAUCUUCUAGAACUGUACCCAGUGCAAGAAUCCAUUCAAAAGUAUCUGUGGCCUCGCUUGUGCAAGCUUGAUCAACGAACGCUGUAUGAACUACAUUACCAAAUGAUAACCUUCGGAAAGGUCUUUUGUACAAAAAACAAACCUAAUUGCAAUGCCUGCCCUAUGAGAGGAGAAUGCAGACAUUUUGCGAGUGCCUUUGCAAGUGCAAGGCUUGCGCUGCCUGGACCUGACGAGAAAAGUAUUGUAAGCAGAACAGACUAUCGAACCCCCAGAGCGGUCGCCAAUCAGGAAAUGCUGCGUCUAGCCCAAACAACCGAAAAACAGCUAUUGGGAGCAGUAACUGGAGUUAACAACUGUGAGCCUAUUAUUGAAGAACCUGCAACACCAGAACCAGAGUGCACACAAGAUCCAGAAAAUGAUAUCGAGGAUACUCCUUGUCAAGAUCCUGAUGAAAUUCCAACCAUCAAACUUAACAUUGAAGAGUUCACUCAAAAUUUGCAGAACUAUAUGCAACAGAAUAUGGAACUUCAAGAAGGAGAUAUAUCAAAAGCCUUGGUUGCUCUAACUGCAGAGGUUGCUUCCAUUCCUACACCUAAGCUUAAGAACGUGAAUCAGCUACGAACAGAGCACCAAGUCUACGAACUUCCAGAUUCGCACCCUCUUUUGGAAGGGUUAGAAAAACGACAACCUGAUGAUCCAUGUUCAUACCUUCUUGCCAUAUGGACACCAGGUGAAACAGCAGAUUCCUUUCAACCUCCUGAAAGUAAGUGCAGUUCACAUGAAUAUGGCCAAUUGUGUCAUGAUAGUACAUGUUUCUCAUGCAACAGCACAAAAGAAGCCAAUGCGCAAAUUGUUCGAGGAACACUUUUGAUACCAUGUCGAACAGCAAUGAGAGGCAGUUUUCCCCUCAACGGUACAUACUUUCAAGUUAAUGAGGUAUUUGCUGACCAUGAUUCUAGUUUGAACCCAAUUGAUGUUCCAAGAGCUUGGAUAUGGAACCUACCAAGGCGGACUGUUUACUUUGGAACCUCCAUACCAACAAUAUUUAAAGGUUUAACAACAGAAGGAAUUCAACACUGCUUUUGGAGAGGAUAUGUUUGUGUAAGAGGAUUCGACCAGAAAACACGAGCACCUCGUCCUCUGAUGGCCAGACUGCAUUUUCCGGCCAGCAAGUUGAGGACUAAAGGUAAAGCAGAUGUGGAUGAUAGGUAGAUCACAACACAUUGGUAAUAAUCAACACCCUGUCUUAGUCUCUUAGAUGUCUUCAGAAAUCCACCACCAGUGGCAUAGCAUCAUAAAAUCAAGAAAAGAGUUGGAUAUAGCUCAGAGCGAGGAAACUGAGAGAUCCUUGUAUGAGCCCACAAUACAUGGGCAUCAAUGAUUAUGUGCCUAUGUGGUUAACAAGGUUAUAACCAUUUAAUGCAUGCUAAAAUUGUGUCGUUUUCCUAA